AUGACUGCGACCACACACGGCGGUCUGUCGAACGGCGGCGCGCUGCUUCACAAUCUUUUCCAGCGCUCGAAGAUAUCCGACUUGGAAAAUACGUACCUAUCGCAAAUUUUGGCCUGGUCCUCGCCACUAAUUUGUCUCUUCAUGAUCAUCUACAACGUCAUCGUCUACAACUGGGAAAAAUGGCUUUUACGACUUCUCUAUCCCAUAGUAUACGACCACGUUAGCAGCUUCGCCAAAACCACGGGAACCGACCGGAAACGCAAGAGCUUCACCUACCAUCAUCUCGCUUGUACUGUCAAAGUCGUCCUCAUAUGCAGCGUCUGCUACAGUGUUUUAAUGGUGCUCAUCGGACCACAUGACUUUACCACUUCCAUCGUCAGUGGGAGUGUAGCUACCCACGGUGACUUCUUGCUAACCAGUGUGCAUAUGUACUGCGGAUAUUACGCGUGGGAGCUUAGCUACCGUUCCAGCCAGGCCAGCCCCAGCAACAUGUUGCACCACUUUGGUCUCAUCGUAAUAGGCCAAAUCGCGGCGGCUCGGUGUGCAAACCCCGAGGCGCAUCAGGACACCCUGCUCGAGUUCUAUAUGUGCCUGGUUUGGGGUGCCUUCGACCUGGUCUCCGAGUUGCCGGUUCACGUGGCCAUGAUUCUGCACCGAGUGAAAUCUGACAGCCACCGCAUGCUAUAUUACCUUCUCUUCUUCUGCGUCGGUUGGUGCAUAUCUUGCACGAUGACUGAGAUCGCCUUCACCAUCUACCUCCUUUACGACUCGUGGGACCGCUGGGAGUCAGCGUGGCACUAUGUGACCCCUAUUGUGUUCUCCAUUUGGUGUUUUGCACAGCUUUAUUCUACAAAGCAGCUAUACGGCAUCACAAUAUCGGAGAAAAUAAAGUGGCACCAAAGCCUCGAGGAGGCAAAGAAGGCGGAUGUCGAAAGUGGGAAUGAGAGUGGUUCGAAUUCGCCGAGACUUAUUUUAUGUUCGAUCGAAAGCGAGCAAGGAGCAAGCGCGGAUAAACUUUCGAUUGAACCUCUGUAUUAG